AUGAUCGUUACGAAGGCAGCGGACGCCUGGCGCUUUUUAAAUGGGGUGUUUUGCAUUUACAAACCCGCUGACUUCACGAUGAAUACCGUACGCCGAUUGCUGUGCAAGGCCAUCUGUGACGACCUUAAUAACAUGGAACUCGAUUCUCCGCAAGUCUAUCUGCGGCCGAUACUCAAAGAAAAUCCGGUGACAUUGGAAUUACGAGUUGAAGGUCAUUUGCCUUCAUUUGAUUACAGUGAACACCCAUUGGCUUAUUCACCAACCACAUGGACGUUCCCCGUUGGAAGACUGUUGAUCCAGUUGGUCAUCGUCCUCAUCAACCGUCAGUGGCGCAGCAAGUUACUCGAAACUCGUGUCAGGCGUGGCACCUGCAUUGGAUCUGAUCACCAUACGAUCGUAGCAGAAAUUCCUCCAAAAUUAGCCGUGUAG